AAGAGGCUAAGCUACUCGGCAAUGUUUCGGUGAAAGUACCUCACAAUCCCCUAGGAGUGUUGAGACGCCUCUAUCCUAGUGGUAUCGACAUCAAGAAUAUGGCACCUGUUCCGAAGAACGCUCUAUUUGAGGACGACUGGUCUAUUGUGAUUGCUA